UCAUCAUCUAACGCCGUCGGAUUCAUACAAUUAUACACGUACACUUUCUCCUUCAGUUCUCAAAAGUCGUCACCAACGCCACUAACAACCACUGGCAAAGAGAGAAAAAUGUCAAGUAUUGCUGCCUAAUAUUGGAGAUCCUACCUGACCGAUCGUCUCAAAACCUUAAAUCCUUCUCUCAGAGAACACAAUUGCUCGUUGACUAAGGUUUGGAAUUAUUAAUGGCUUCUGAGGAUGUAAAGGCCAGCGAAUCGGCUGUGUCGACGAUUGUGAAUCUUGUGGAGGAGGCGAAGCUUGCUAGAGAAGGCGUUAAAGCACCAAGCUAUGCUAUUCAAAGUAUCUGCAAAUCUCUUAUCGCUGGAGGAUUCGCCGGCGGAGUAUCUCGCACAGCUGUUGCACCAUUGGAACGAAUGAAAAUAUUGCUACAGGUUCAGAACCCCCACAGUAUAAAAUACAAUGGAACAGUUCAGGGGUUGAAAUAUAUAUGGAGAACUGAGGGAUUUCGUGGACUCUUUAAAGGCAAUGGUACUAACUGCGCUCGAAUUGUUCCGAACUCAGCUGUCAAGUUCUUUAGCUACGAGCAAGCUUCUAAGGUAAUACUGCAUUUGUAUCAACAGCGUACUGGGAAUGAAGAUGCUGAACUCACUCCUUUACUACGCCUUGGAGCUGGAGCAUGUGCUGGAAUAAUUGCCAUGUCUGCUACUUAUCCCAUGGAUAUGGUACGAGGAAGAUUAACUGUGCAGACAGAUAAGUCUCCUUAUCAAUACAGGGGAAUGUUCCAUGCUCUGUCAACUGUGCUUCGUGAAGAAGGUCCACGGGCUUUGUACAAGGGCUGGCUUCCUUCUGUAAUUGGUGUUAUUCCAUAUGCGGGUCUCAACUUUGCUGUGUAUGAAUCUCUCAAGGAUUGGUUAAUCAAAGCUAAGCCUUUUGGACUAGUUGAAGAUUCUGAGUUGAGUGUAAUGACAAGACUUACUUGUGGGGCAAUUGCUGGAACUUUUGGCCAAACAGUUGCUUACCCUCUUGAUGUCGUUCGUCGAAGAAUGCAGAUGGUGGGAUGGAAGGAAGCUUCCUCAGUUGUCACUGGUGAUGGGAGGAGCAAGGCCACUCUAGAAUAUAAUGGCAUGAUUGAUGCGUUCCGGAAAAUUGUUCGGCAUGAGGGUUUUGGUGCAUUAUACAAGGGUUUGGUUCCUAAUUCCGUCAAGGUUGUUCCAUCAAUAGCCAUUGCAUUUGUGACGUAUGAGAUGGUGAAGGACGUUUUAGGAGUUGAGAUAAGAAUAUCAGACUGAAGUAUGUGCAACUCUGAUAUCUGUUCUAUAAGGGUGCUAUUUUUGUAGGCAAGGGGAUAUAGAGAAGGUGUAGGGAUAAUUUCUUGCCAUCAUCUUGAAUAAGCUUAGAUCAACGUCGGAGCCUUUUUUUAUAGAUUGCUUUUAUUUCCUAUUGUUAUUUCUCUAGGAACAUUAUGUACCUCUCAGUUUCUCAUUUAUAUGCCGUGUUAAUAAAGUUAUGGUGAAGGAACAUGCGAGAAAUGCAUAUGCCAAUUUCUCAAUACCAAUUGAGAGCUCAAUGAAUUGAUCAUUUAUGAUUCCUUUGA